CACGUUGCAUUAAUGUGUCAAGCCUCUGGUGGAGGAGCGGUGAUCGUUACUGAAAUUAGGGCAAAGCGAACGUGGUACAUUUCACGCGAACUUUCUCCUUCGCUUUUCGGAUACAACGCGGAGCUGCUGGUGAUGGACGUUCCUUGAGAGCCUUUUAUCGGUCCCUAGUGAAGAGAUGCCACACGAGGAGUACAGCGACAGAGAGACAGCUCGGAGCAAAUCGGGAGAAGGGGUCAUGUUUUUUACGAAGGAGCGCUGUUGAGUCGUAAGGGCAGUGCUGACAUCCGCUAUAUUGAGUAGUGACAAUUUUUUGGUGUAGAUGCCAGGAAGCGAAGGCUUCCUUGAAAGGGAGGAAGAUGCGGCGUCUUCCUCGGGACUCGGCGAGGGUGCCGGACGCGUGGAGCGGGCCCCGGAGGCGGCCGGGCGCCAGCCCAACUCUUUGGGGAAGGGCGAAGAAGCGGAGGCAAGACGGGCUGCUAGCGGCGGCCCGCGCGAGGGAGCGGACUGCGGGGGGAGGGGCAGAGAGCAGAGCCAGGACGACGCGGACGUGAACGGCGGGCCCGAUUCGAGCAGCGGAAACUCGUGCCGGCUGUCGCCCCCCACCACCCGCAGCCCUGGGAGCGCCAAGAGCUUGUACGUCGCGGGAGAGCUGUCGGCGCGUAGCCCCUUAGACCACGUCGGAGGCGAGGCUCUCCCUCAUGGCGCCCAGCGCACCGAGGGCAGCGGCAGCGAGCGGCCGGACCGGAACCGGGACCAGACGCACCGGGAGAUGAUGCAGACGGUGCAGGAAAUGAAGAAGAGGAUGCCGUCGGAGAAGCGCAGCCGCAGCAAGGCCAGCACCGUGGAGGCCCUCAACUACGCGCUCAACUGCGUUAAGCAAGUGCAGGCAAACAGCAAGUACUACAAGCUGCUCAUGUGCAACGGGCUGGAGGAGCGGCGCGAUGCCAAAGUGUGCACCCUGGAGGAGCUCGAGAGCGUUACAUCGGAGCACACCCUGAAAAACACGGAUACGUUCGUGGUCGUGUUUUCCCUGGCCAGUGGGAGAGUCCUCUACGCAUCGGAGCAGGCCUCCAACAUCCUCAACUGCAAGCGCAAGUUCCUGGACUCGGUCAAGUUCGUGGAGCUGCUUUACCACCAGGACGUGAACGUCUUCUACUCCCACACGGCGCAGCCUCACAUGCCCCCCUGGAACGUGGGCUCGGACAGCGCUGCCGUCCUGUUCGAGUGCGCCCAGGUCAAGUCCUUCUUCUGCCGCAUCAGGGGUGGGAAGGAUCGGGAGGGGGAGAUGCGCUACAACCCCUUCCGCAUCACACCGUACCUGUUGAAGGUGCAGGGCGUGGGAGGGGACGAGGAGCAGCCGUGCUGCCUGGCGCUGGCCGAGCGAAUCAUCUCGGGAUACGAAGCUCCACGUAUUCCUACAGACAAGCGCAUCUUCACCACGACACACUCUCCAGGCUGUGUUUUCUUGGAGGUUGAUGACCGAGCUGUGCCUUUGCUGGGAUACCUCCCUCAGGACCUCGUCGGCACCUCUAUUCUGACCUGCCUGCACCCCGAGGACCGCGCUCUCAUGCUGGCCAUGCAUCGCAAAAUCCUGAAAUACGCGGGCCAGCUGCCUUUUGAGCACUCGCCCAUUCGCUUCCGCUGCCAGAACGGUGACUUUGUCACCCUGGACACCAGUUGGUCGAGCUUCAUCAACCCCUGGAGCCGCAAGGUGGCCUUCAUCAUCGGGAGGCACAAAGUCCGCAGCGGUCCUCUCAACGAGGACGUGUUCGCCGCCCGAAGUAAAGGAGAGCCUCCAGUCGUUUACGAAGAAAUCAAGGAGCUACAGGCGAAAAUCUACAAACUUUUCCUCCAGCCGGUCCACAACAACGGUUCCAGCGGCUACGGGAGCCUGGGGAGCAACGGCUCCCACGAGCACUACAUCAGCGUGGCGUCCUCCAGCGACAGCAACGGCAACCUCUGGGAAGACGCACACAGAGAGCCGAUGACGCUCCAAAAAAUCUGCGCCGAUGUGAACAAGGUGAAGAGCUGGGGCCAGCAGGCUUAUCUGGAUUCCCGCAACAAGCUCGCCCCGCUCGCGAAAGCCGGCGCGGGGACGGGGACGCCUUUUCCUCAUCAAGCCCAAAAUUCGGAGGCCAGGGGUCACCACACCCAGUCCCACGAGGACUCCAGGAAGCAACCACACAUUCCAUCCUAUCAGCAAAUCAACUGUGUCGACAGUAUAAUCAGGUACCUGGAGAGCUGCACUGGCCCAGCGCUGAAGCGCAAGAGUGAGUCCCUGUCCAUCACGACAUCCUCCUCCUCCUCCGAGGAAGACAAGACCCCUGCUGCUUUACCCGAGGACCCGGCGAACCCGGGAGAGAUAGUGCUCGAGGCCCCCGGAAUGCCAGAUAGCCAAGUACCUGCAGGCACCGCAGCAGCAGUGGUGGGCGCCCCCAUAACGGAUAUCCCGCUGUCCACCAAGGCCAUGAGCGUGGUGUCCGUCACCAGCCAGUGUAGCUACAGCAGCACCAUUGUUCACGUACCCCAGCCAGAGUCUGAGGUGACUGCCCUGGAGGAUGCACCAAUGGGAAGUGAGCAGGCUGACCCUGCCCCCAUGCCACCCCGCCCUCCCCCUAGUUCCGCAUCAGCCCCGGAGGAGUUCCGAGUGGUGGGGCUCACGAAGGAGGUUCUGUCGGCACACACUCAGAAGGAGGAGCAGGAAUAUGUGGACCGGUUCCGCCAUCGCAUCCUGCAGAGCCCCUACAGCUCGUACCUGCAGCAGGAUGACAGCAGCAUGGCCCACUCGCACCAUCCGGGCGACCACGUCAUGAGGCCAGCGAGUGCGGCAGGCUUGCAUAAGUCCAAACCCAAGCACAAACGCCCAAAACCCCAGGGCUCCUCCGAUAGUUACACCUCCCCCCCCGGGAACUGCCGCUCUUCCCGCCGGCCCACCGCUGCCCCCGACUCCUCCUGGCCGCCUUCGGAAUCCUCCAACGUGGGCUUUGCACCACCUCUUUUAAUGCCCUUCCAACCCCCCUACUACUCCAUGCAGGGACAGGUGGGCGGGGAUGCGGGCACCUCAGUGCCCGUGAACAGUGCUUUUUUCAACCUGGGUAGCCAGCAGGGCGGGGUUCCCUUCAUCCUACUGCCAGAACAGAACAUGCAAACCGUGAUCCCAACGCAGCCGGUGCAGUCAGUGCAACCAGUGCAGAGUCCUUUCGUGGCUCCCAUGAUGGCCCUGAUUCUUCCUAAUUACACUACGUUUCCCAACUACCCUGUUUACCCCCCAGGGGUGAGCAUGGCAACUCCUGCCCCAGCUGUGGUUCCUCAGCCCUUUAAUUUGGGCUUUGGUUCCGUUCCCUUCCCAAUGGCCCAUAUGCCCCAGGUAGCCACCGUGGUACCCCCGUCCCCACCUGCUCCCCCGCUCCUGGCCUCCCCCGAUCCUCCGUCUACCCUGGGCGAGGAUUUGGACGCAACCCAGCCGCCCGCUCUCUUCUCCAGCUCACGCUCUAGCUCCCCUCUGCAACUGAACCUCCUGCAGGAGGAGCUGCCCAAGCCUGCGGAACCCCAGACCGACACGGUCCGGACGGAGAGCCUGCACGAGCAGCACACCAAGGGGGAUGAUGCUAACAGUGAGUCGGGUCACCACGAUGCUCAGUCCACCUCCAGUGAGCUGCUGGACCUGCUACUGCACGAGGACGCCCGCUCCGGCACGGGUUCUAAUGCCUCUGUCAGCGGCUCGGGAGAAUCCGGUGGGUCCCUGGGCUUUGGCUCUGGUUCCGGCUCCAAUGGGACUUCCACCAGCCACACAGGCAGCAACAGCAGCAAAUACUUCGCCAGUAACGACUCCUCGGAGACAUCCUGCAAGCCCCGUAAGCCUCCUCAGGAGACCCAGGAGAGGGCCAACUUUGACAAGUGUGUGGAGGACUCGCUGUGGACCAUGAUCCAGGGCACGCCUCAACCCAUCAUGAUGACCUACCAGAUUCACAGCAGGGACAAGGCCCAGGUGCUGAAGGAGGACCGCGAGAAGCUGCGACUGCUGCAGCCCCUGCAGCCCUGGUUCACAAAGGAGCAGAGGGAGGAGCUCGCUGAGGUGCACCCCUGGAUCCGGCAGCAGACCGUACCGGAGGAGAUCGACACGGAGGGCUGUGUGAUCUGCAGCAGCGCGACAGAGGAUCGCGCUCCUCCUCCUCCUCCUCCUCCUCCACACCCGGCUGUGCCCGACGCUGCCUCCUGUUCUUUGGACUGCCCCCCGGAAGGCGCCGGCGACGCCCCUGACACCUGACCGCCCGCGGUAGCCCCGCCGACGGACAGGCAGCCACCCGAGGACAAAAAGCCCACCCUUCAGGAUGCCUUCACUCUUCCCACCCGCAUUUCUGUCCGGUCUCCUAGUGGGACGUCCCUCAGGACGAGAGCGUAGCUUAUCACCACGUUUUACGCGCGCGUACGGCCGGCGGCGCUUCGGCACGGGCCCCCGCGGCUCCGCCCGCGCCCGAGAUCAGUUUGAACAGCUGAUGUAAAAGACAGAUCGAUGUACGAAGCAACAACAGUGAUGACACUGAAGAGACCGGAGAGAUACGUUAUUUUGAAUAGUUAACGUUUUUAACCUUUCCGAUAGGCAUCUUCAAAAGAUGGUCUUGUGUAACUGUGAAUUUUUCACCUUUCAGCAGCGUAUAUUUAUAAUUACGCACAUUCUUUUUAUUCUUUCCUAGGGUGUAUUUAAGCACUAUUGUGUCUCCUUUUUUUUUUUUUUUUUUUUCCUCUUCCCCCUCGCCUCGUGUGCCCUUCUCUAGGUUUUGAGAAACCAUUGCUGCACUGUCUCCCCAUGUAUGUCUGUAUGUUUAAUUCCUGUGUAACAGGUGGUUUUUCCAUUAGAUAGAGUGGUGAAUUUGGGACCCGAAACCCUGACCUCUCCCAUGGUGAGGUUCUGCAGGGCUCUGCUGCCGCAGGCACCAGCCCUGGCGAAUGUUUAGGUCCGUUUUACGCACUGGCUGGUACCGAUGCGUCGGCCCGAGCGUCUGAAAGCGUGCGAUCGUGUUGAGCGGAAGCGCGGCUUCCGAACGUGGUCCACGGUGUCCACGGUCACCUUGUCUUUCGAGGGGUCUGCAUCCGUACGCCGUCUGCCGUCGUGCUGUUCGGAGAUCCGGAAUGCGCAGCCGCUGCGUCCAGCUGUCCUUCAAGGUCGGUCUCGCCGUCCUCAACACGGUCGAUGCAGUUUGCCCAAAGUUUGGAAGAAAGGACAUGAACUGUAGCACAUCCCUGUGAAUGUUGGUAGUAGAGACAUACUUGUUUCAGUGAAACUAUUCAAAAGUACCUCUUAACUGUUAGUCAAAGAUGUUCUUCAUGCGCUCUGCUGUGCACAACAGAUUUGUGGUCCUUUUCCGACAUAGCUUUAUUCUGAAACGUAACUUGAAAACGAUGCUUGUG